GGCGGCAGCUCACAUUCGAAACGCGUCCGUCCACGAGUGCGGUAUCAAGUGCCGACGGUAUCAAAGUGUUGUUUUUUGUUCGGAGCGUGUGUGUGUGCCUGCAACAAAACUGUAAAGACCGGUAAGUGUGCGUGUGUGUUUGUGUAUGUGUGUGCUUUGAGUUUAGGGUUGCAUCGAAUUCGAUUUUCUCGAAAGGGUUCAUCGCUAUCGGUUGCAUUGAAGUCUCUCGUCUCGCCUUUGCCCGCUGCAACGGUGGCUUAUCGGAUUCGAAUACUGUUUUGUGUGUGUUUGUGUGUGUUGGCCUUGGAAAUAUUCAGUGGUUUCAGUGUUUACUGUUUACAGGCGGGUCGGACUGGAAAGUCGACGGAUGUGUGUCAAUCGAAAGUUGCAAAACUUCCAGCAAAAGCAACAAACAAACAAAAUCCACCGUAAAAGGGAUAUCCCGUAAAAAGUGAUCCUGUGUGCUGCUGGUUGCAGUGCAUAUUUGGUGCCGGUUUCAAACACAAAAGUGCCAUUGCUGUUUUUGGGAGGAGUUUUGGUGACCUCACCAGUGUGCUCACCGUCAUGCCGGAAAUAAAGGCGGUAGCGAAAAAAGCGCCAAACGCACGCAAGGACCAGACGGAAGAUGUCACCAGGGCCGGUGACGCCCCAGUGACCCUUUUCGCCGAUCAGCCCGAACGCGUGAGGAAGAUCAACGAACUGCGCAAGCUGAUACAAAACUACGAUGACUGCGAGCGUAGAAGCGACGAACUGUUUCUGUGCCGAUUUCUGUACUGCUGCGACUGGGACGUACAGGAAGCGUUUGGGCGCAUCGUGAAACUGAUCAAGCUGAAGGAAGCGAAUCCGGAAUGGUUCUUCCACAAACCGAUCGCCACCUACAGCGAGCUGCUGAAUCGAAAUGUAAAGUUCGCGCUGGACCGGCGCGACCGGCGAGGCCGGCGCGUCUUUAUCACCCGCCUCGGGGCGAUCGACUUCUCCAGCAUGGCCGUGACCGAUCUGGCCAAUCUGGACGAUAUCUGGUUCGAGCUGAUGCUGAACGAGCUCGAGACGCUCGAGAGUGGCGUCACGUGCCUGAUCGAUAUGAGCGGCUACUCGCUUAAAAGCUUUCGGUUUCUAACGCCACAAAACAUACGCAUCGGUUCGGCCAAGACGGAUCUGUUACCGCUCAAGAACAUCGAAUUUCACGUGGUCAACUCUUCGGUGUUUAUGAAUGCAGCGAUCGCCAUCCUGUACCCCAUGCUGAGCAAGAAAAUUAAGGACCAGGUACGCUUCCACUACUCCAACUGGGCGUCGCUGCACGAGUACAUUCCGGCGGACAUACUGCCGGCAGAGUACGGUGGCACCGCGGGGAAAACGUUCGACUUUCAAACCAUCCACGGCCAGGUGCUGGAUCGUGCGAACGAUUUCGAUCGAUUACUGACGUACGGUGUGCGGGAUGGGUCCGCUCCUGGCGCGACUGCUGCUACGGCACCGAUUGUCCCCAAGGGCAAGGGAGGUAAAGCGAAGGGAAAGCACAGAGAGACGGAAAAGAAAAAGUCACUGGCGGGGUGCACUGUCGAGGAGUAAAAUCUAAGUGAUAUACCGUAGCAAUUAGUGAUAAGGUUGUUAGAUGUAGAGCCUUUUUUCUUUUACAAAAAAAAAACAAACAGAUAGCAAAUAAAGUGCCCAUGGGAAAAUUGGAAGUGAUUUUAA